UCCAUUCUCAUCGACGGAUUAACGACGUCAAAGGAUAACGAUACCCUCCGAGGACUUCCUGGCGCUGGUGAGCUUGCUCGCGCGAUGGCGAACAAAACCGCGGCAACGUGAGCGGGACGUCCAGCGAGCGGAGCAAGGUCCAGGGCUCGACGGUGGACAGGCCAACGUGCGAUGAAGAUGACGAGAACGUUGAAACCUACCGUCCUGUUGCUAGCGCUCGCAAGCUUGGCGACAUGCUCCCAAGCGCGAGGGAAGCACGGCUCCGGACGGAGAGCGAAACGACCACCGCAAACGUUUGCCCUCGAGCCGCAAUCGAAAGUAGCCACGCUGGGAGAAGACGUGGUGCUGGCCUGUCGGGUCGAAAACAAAGUCGGUACCCUACAAUGGACCAGAGACGGAUUCGGACUCGGAGUCGACCGGGACCUCAGCGGUUUCUCGCGCUACGCCAUGGUCGGCAACGACGAAGAAGGCGACUACACGCUGCACAUACGUAACGUACAGUUGGAGGACGAUGCGAAUUUCCAAUGUCAGGUUGGAGCUAUGGACGGAAUCGACGGGAUCCGAUCGCGAUCCGCAAAGCUCAAUGUUCGAGUUGCCCCAAAUCCACCCCGAAUCCAUCCAUCGGGUCAUAUCACAACAACGGCCGGUAUGAAGGUGGAGCUAGUUUGUCGUUCCGACGGAGGAAAACCGGCUGCCGAGUUGACGUGGCUCGAUGGCGAUCGAGCGAAAGUUGAAGGACCAGGUCUGCAUCGCGAGGUGGAGUCUGUUUCCGAGUCCAAAAGGGAAAACUCCGUGUUAACGUGGACCUUCCACCCGAGCAAAGACCACGACGGACAAAAUCUAACGUGUCGAGCUGAUAGCCCGGCGACGACGGAUUCCAUGCUGGCGACUGUGACCAUCGAGGUCAAAUAUCCUCCGGCAAUCACGUUAUCCGUCGAAAACGAACGAGUACAAGAAGGAGACACGGUUCGGUUCAUCUGCUCGGCCCAAGCGAAUCCCGGGGAUUUGAGCUAUCGGUGGUUCCGGAAUGACGAGCCCAUUCCGCUGGAUGAAUCGCAGAACACACUCGUUCUCGACUCGGUUUCUCGUAAAAUGAACGGCGAAACCGUCACGUGCGAAGUGCGCAAUUCGAUCGGUACAAGUAAAUCUACUCAGACAUUGAACGUGUAUUACAAGCCCCAGUUCAAGUCGGAAGUCGCGGUCGUUGCGGCGGAGCUAGGCUCCGAAGUCAGGCUCGACUGCGAAGUGGACAGCAACCCGAAGCCUGACAUCAUUUGGAUGCGGGACGGAAGCCCGCAGGUCCUGGAAAAGCAAUCAACCCUCAUAAUUCGCAGCAUGAGAGAGUCGCACGCCGGAAAAUACAUUUGCAGAGCUUCGGUUUCUGGUUUCCAGGAAAUAACUAAUGAGAUAACAGUCUACGUGAAAGGCCCGCCUCGCAUCAGCAGCCCGCCGCUGCAGUACGGUAUGGAGGGCCAGGAAGCACAGGUUGAAUGUCUCAUCGUCUCUGUUCCUCCUGCCGGGAAGGUACGAUGGGAGAGGGAUGGACAGCUUCUCGAUAUUGACAACAACCAGGGUAUCGAGAUGAUCAAAGAGCCUCUGACGAAUGGCGAGAGGAAUCUUCUUGUGAUCCAUCACGCGUCCGAUCGAGAUUUCGGAGAAUACAACUGCACCGCUUGGAACUCGUUCGGGGAAGACAGUAUGAUUAUUUCCGUGAGGAAACAUCGGAAUAUGGCGACGCUCGUGGUUAUGCUCGGUGCCACGACAGGAGCCGUGGUGAUCGUUCUGUUAUCCAUCAUGAUCAUAUUCUGCGUUCGGCGGAGGCCUUCGUCUAACUUAUCUCCUGCUCAAUUGACAGACUUCAACAAUGAGAACAAGAACGGGAAGACUCUACCGAAUGGCGUCCUCAGCGGAGACUCCAACAUCGGACCGCAUGGCGAUCUGAAAGUGGAAAUCACGCCCACGAUGACGAGCGUUGAUGGAACGGUUCCAUCUUCCGUCUGGAACGAUAACGACAACUCGCAUACCGCGUUGCCGUCGUACCACGCAGUCACGUCCGAAGGAUUUGGACAGACGUCGACAGGACCGAAAGCGAAUGGUCAGCAAAACAAUAACGCUGGAUACCAGGUGUCCUACAGCGACUCGAUAGGCAGCGGGGACUUCAGCCUCAUCAUAGGAGGGCCGCAACUCCAUGCGACGUCUCCCAUUAUUGCCAAUGGGGCUAUCUAUAAUGGCAGCGUCACUAAUGCUGCCCUCAUACUUCCUCAGUACGCGCUCAACGACCUCUCUGGGUCCGCGACGAGUCCAUCGGAAUGUGGGACGCUAUCACGAAAUACGUUCACGUUGCGUCAGCAUCCGACGUCGCCCCCUCAGACCGGCACGCUUCCUUUCCGAAAGCAAGUGACGUCUCCUGAUCAUAUGUCUCCGCAAAGGUACAUAACUGCCAGCCAAAACGGUCAUGUGGUGGGAUCGUUUAAGGGCAGUCAGCUGGCAACCCAUGUAUGAUGUCUGACCGCGCCGCGCGGAUGAGCUGGAGCCAUGUUAUGAAAGUGAAUGUAAAAUGUGUCGCAGUCGUCGGACUCC